AUGCCAGCAGAAAUUGCAUGUGGUAUCAUCGUCAACAGUUUCAAUGGACUUACAGUUGGUUCGAAUGAGCUUAAUGGUAUCGGAAAUGAAAUUAUUAAUUCCGUUGAUUACAAUAGUGAUCCUGAACAUGUUUCAUCUAUCCUGCGUGAUGUUUUCACACAAUCUGCUGCUUCAUCUAUUCCGGUAUCAUCUUCUGUAGUCAUAAAUUCAUUCCAAGGUAACGUUGUUGGAGCAAAUUCACUUCAAAAUAAUGCUGGAGUAUCGCUGAUACCAACAAGAUCUAUUGGAAUUAGUGGCAAUUCGCGGAUUAAUGAAUGGGAAUUAUUUCGGAUACGAAUGCGAAUUUGGGCAGCACAAUUACAAGCAAGAUAUCGAUUGGUAAGUGUGUAUUAUCAGUGGUAA